GAAAGCUGUGUCAAGACUUGCAGCAGCAGUGCUAUCUUCAUUUAAAGCUCGGGACUACAAAGUGAUCGAGGUUGAGCAAUCAAAGUAACAGCUCAGCAAUGGCUUCAGGUUUGUCUCAUCACAUCCGCUGUCCUGUGUGUUUGAAUGAUUUAAAAGAACCAGUGUGUCUUCCAUGUGAGCACUUCUACUGUAGAACAUGUAUUAAUGAAUACAUGACUAGAAAUGCUGCUGACACCAGAUGUCCAGAAUGCCGUAGACCUUUUGGUCAGAAUGAUAUCAGAGUAAAUCGAGUUUUAAGAAACUUGGUGAAUGCAGCCAAAGACCAUCUGAGGGAACACCAAGCCUUGGUAGACAGGGUGACGUCUGCUUCCACACGGACAUCGACCAUCAGCCGAGGCUUCACAGAAUGCUGUAUAGCCCACAAUGAAAAGCUCAAGCUUUUCUGUGUGACGGAUCAGAAACUAAUCUGUGUUAUCUGCAAAGAGGAAAAGACACAUCGGGGACAUAGUUUCAAAACUUUGGAUGCUGCAUUCUAUGACAAGAAGAAAAAGGUAACAGAGACUCUGGAAAAUUUGCUCAGCGAAGAAAACAUACUGGUCGAUUUGAUUAAUGAACAAGCUGAAGAGAUUCUGAAAACAAUGGGGAAAUCCAAUUCAUUAUCAAACCAGAUCUCUAACCAGUUUAUAAAGCUGCACCAGUUCCUGGAUGCCAAAGAGAAGGAGGUGAAGAAAAAGCUAGAGGAAGAGGAAAAUCAAAUCUUGAACAUAAUGGGAAUAAACAUGUUUACAAUGGAAGAAAUGUUGUCAGAUAGAGCAGAAAAACAAGGAAUGAUGAGGUCAGCUUUAGAGAUGAAUCAACCUAACCGGUUCCUUCAGUGGUGGAAUGAGACCGGACGCUUUACAGUUCGGGAAGUAUUCACAAGCAGUUCAGCGCAUCUGGCCUUGGAGGAUCUUAGUGUUGUGCCUGACACCCUGUUUCUUGGUCCCUAUGAGACUUACCUGCAGUUCUUUGUGUGGAAAGAGAUGUUGAGAUUCAUCCAGCUAGUGCCUCAUCACGCCACAGUGGAGGACAGAGGCGAUCAGAGCAUCAGCAUUUCUCCCAGUGGACUCUGUAUUCAGCCAAAGAAGGUUACAAAGAUCCAGAAAAACAAACCCAACUCAAUUUGGCUAAAGACAGCAUCAUUAUUUAACACAGGGCAACACUACUGGGAGUUGGAUGUGGGGAAGAAAUUGGACUGGGGUGUUGGAGUUUGUAGCUGUGAAUCGGGGAAUGUUGUGAAUGACACAGUGCUUUUCUUCAACUCAGAUUCUGGCUACCACAUACAACAGACCCACGACACGGACAAAAGCACAAUAGAUCUUACGACACAGUUUAGGAAGUUAGGUGUGUAUCUGGACUGUGAGAGAAAUCUGAUAUCAUUCUAUAAUGCUGACAAUAUGAUUCUCAUUGAUACUAGAGUCUUGUCAAAACCACAACCCCAUACCCUUUGUCUCUCCCCUGGGCUUUACUUGGAUGGGAAGAACAUCGAUCCACUCACUAUAUGUUGGCAAAAGAAGCUUUCCUGCUUUGUAGAAGUCAACUGUACAGUUUACUACUGGCCAGAGUUGCAUAUAUUUUACUGGAUAAACAAACUAUUUACAGAAGCUGAUAUGGAUUCUAGACUCUUCAAGCAGAUUCAGUGUUCUGUGUGUUUGGGGGAAUUUACAGACCCGGUGAGUCUGCUAUGUGACCACACGUUCUGCAGGCAGUGUAUCAAUAACCACUCGCAGACCAGCAGCCGCUUACGGCUGUGUCCUGAAUGCCGUCGACCGUAUACCAUGUGGGACCUACGAUCCAACCGGGUCCUCAGAAAUAUGGUGGAUGCUGUGAGGGAGCACCUCACAGAACAACAAGCCAUGAGGGAGAGGGACUUGGCCGUUGCUGGAGCCAACGGUCCGAGAGCAGGAUUGUUCGUGGAACCAGAGAAGCUGGUGUGCCCCGAACACGAUGAAAGGCUCAAACUGUUCUGUGAGACAGAUCAAAAAUUGGUGUGUCUAAUUUGUAGAGAUGGAGAUAAACACCAAGGGCACAAAUUCAAACCAGUAGAUGAAGCAGCAGAGCCCAAAAAGGAGAUGCUAAAAGAACCUCUAGCUUUCAUAUCAAAAGAUAACAAAGAGCUGGAAGAGCUGAUUAAGAGGCAGACCAAUGAAAUCACAAAAACUGAGGAGCGGUCCAAGCAGCUUUCAGCCCAAAUCUCAGCUCAAUUCCAAGAGAUGCACCAGUUCCUUAACGAGAAGGAGCAGGAGGUGAAAGCACUGCUUGAGAAACAAGAGAGGGUUAUGGUGGAGAAGAUGCAGAAGAACAGAAAUGACAUAGAGGAAAAACUAAAUGCUGGAAAAGAGCAUGAAGACAUCAUAAAGUCAGUGAUUGAAACCGAUCAGCCUGAUGGAUUUCUGCAGUGGUGGACCGAACAUGGCCAGUGUUUUGUUGAAGGGAUAAGGCAAGCUGAUGACAGUUGGUCUAAAAGAAGUGAAAAUGGUUCUCAGACACCAGAGUCAAGGGUGAAGGGCCUCAGUGUGACAUCUGAAUCCCUAUUUCUUGGCCCAUAUGAAACUCAUCUGAGUUUCUUUGUGUGGAAGAAGAUGCUCGGCUCCAUUAAACCAGUUCCUGAUCGUAAUGUGAUAUCUGACUGCCAUGACCCAUAUUUGAGGGUUUCCUCUGAUGGCCGCAGUGUGACUCGAACAGACAAGAAAGGCAUUUUCUAUCGCCAUAAACACUACAGACCACUGGCCAGAACCCACAAGUCCUUUCAGUCUGGACAGCAUUACUGGGAGGUGGACGUGGGAGAAAAGAUUGACUGGAGUGUAGGUGUUGAUGGCGGAUAUAUAAGCAACCUAAAUAAGAACAUCAGGUUUCAGCUAAAACAUAACCAAGGCUACUCUAUUAAGGAGAAUAGUACAGAGAGUGAUAAGGAGCUGGCAGUGAAACCACGGAGAAUAGGGCUAUACUUGGACUGUGACAGGCAUCAGGUUAGCUUCUAUAAUGCUGAUGAUAUGACUCUCCUCCAUACAUCUACUAAUUUAUCUUUUACUCCUUAUUUUCUGAGUCUGUCACCAGGAGCAUACCUACAAGGCAGUAAUGCUGACCCAUUGACAGUGUGCUGGAACUGAUCUACCUCAGUUAAAACAAUGCAAAAAACUAAGAAAGAAACAAGCACAAACAAACAAUAAAAAAGAUUUGAUGGAAAAUAUGUAGAAUUAACUUCUAUAAUGAUGAGCAAAAUUAGCAUUUUUUCUGACACGUAAUAUGAUACCAUUUAUAUUCAAUCUACCGAUUUCCACCAUUACCUUACAGUAUGCAAGAUAGCCAUCAUGGAGCCAUCCAAUGUGCAAAUAUUCCUGGAUGUCAGUAAAGUGUAGCAUUUUUCGGUAGGGCAUAAAAAUGACGUUCUGAUAUUAGUGUACAUUUUGUGGUUGACAAACCUCAUUCUUCAACAAAUC